UCACGGGCCAUGAAGGGAAUUUCCCCCGCUCCUUCUCUCGCUCGUUUUCCCCUUCUCCCCCCUCCCAUUGCUGUUUUUGGUUUGAUUCCAGAAGGCCAAGGCGGUCGCAUGCACCACGGUGGAAGUGUUAGUUUUCAGAAGGAGGAAAUCUGCUCUUCCUGUCUUGGUGAGGUGGGUUUUCUCUGCAGAAGAGCUGACUCCAUGGUUCUGCAGCGGAUGCUUUUAUUAAUUCAGUGUCGCUCAACUUUCAACAAGACUCCGACCUUCAGUGGGUGGAGCGAGGUGUUUGGUGAAGUGAAGGAGAGGGCAGAUAAAUCAAUUUUGGAAUUAAAACAAAGUGUAGAAAUUACGAUGAGGUUGAGAUUUGUUUUCAGUAGGGACGGUGGAGGAACGAGAGAUGUUCUCCAGUCCGGAAACGCAUUGCUUCAUUCUCUGAAGCUAUAUUAAGUCCAAGACCAAAAGUACAUUCCGAGUUUUUGAGAUUUCUCCAAGCCCAACUGUUUACGCUCCUAGAAAGUUUAGAUUUUGACACAAAUUAAAGAAUCGGUGCUACAACUCCGAUUCUUGAAAGUUUAACAUUUCUAACGAACUUCCGGAUUCUUGCUUACUGUAUCUGUGGCAUUUCAAGCAACCCGAUCUCACUUCAGAACCAACGUAGCGUUGCCGAUACCAAAAAUGGUUGAGAUUUAGCCAUCAGACUUCAGCUUUUUAAUUUCUUAAAUACAGUGGUGCUUGAAAGUUUGUGAACCCCUUUAGAAUUUUCUACAUUUCUGCAUAAAUAUGACCUGAAACAUCAGAAGUCCUAAAAGUAGAUGAAGAGAACCCAGUUAAACAAAAUGAGGCAAAAAUAUUACACGUGGUCAUUUAUCUCUUGAGGAAAAUGAUCCCAUAUUACAUAUCUGUGAGGGGUGAAAGUAUGUGAACCUCGAAAUGUAUGUGAUUAACACCAACAACUCUUUUUCUGAGGUCCUCUGAAAUCUCCUUUGUUUGCGCCAUGAUGCACUUCCACAUACACGUGUUGUGAAGAUCAGACUCUGAUAGAUCCCGGUUCUUUAAAUAAAACAGGGCGCUCACUCACUCACACCUGAUCGUCAUCCCACCUGACUCUAAUUUCACCUUCAGAUUAACUGCUAAUCCAAGAGGUUCACAUACUUUUGCCUCUCACAGAUUUGUAAUAUCGGAUCAUUUUCCUCAAUAAAUAAAUCACCACGUAUCUACUUUUAGGUGUUGCGUGAAAAUCUGAUGAUGUUUUAGGUCAUAUCUAUGCAGAUAUAUAGAAAAUUCUAAAGGGUUCAUAAACUUUCAAGCACCACUUUAAAUCUUGCACUCAGAUUUACAAAAAAAAAACCUAAUUAUGUAUUAUUCAUAUAGUCAACCAGCCGUGUGGCAUUUUGUGCAGCUUUACCUCAUCUGAUCACACUUCCUGUGUUUUCAACAGUCACACAACUGAAAAGAGAGGGAAGUAAAGACCAAAAUAAAACGGGUGUUAUAUGUUUCGUUACUAUGUAGCAAGAGCAGAAGUGCGCUGUUAUUGUUUGAGGCUUAAAACGAAAUCUUGACCACAGUCCACCAGGCAUAAACUCUUAACAUUCAAUUCAUUCAUUUCUUGGUUUAAUAUAUCGAGCACUGGAGGCUUGGAGAAAGUAAUGAAGAGUAGUAAUGCUCCCUGCUACACUGCAAACAUUGUUCAGGGACGGCUUGAGGAACAUGACAAAGAGUUCACUUUCAAAGGUUGACCUGGCCUCCGAAUUCCCCAGAUCUCAAUCCGAUCGAGCAUCUGUUGGAUGUCCUGGACAAACAAAUCUGAUUCAUGGAGGCCCGACCUCACAACUGCUGCUAACGUCUUGGUGCCAGAUACCACAGCACACCUUCAGAGGUCUUGUGGAGUCCACGCCUCGAUGGGUCAGAGCUGUUUUGGCAGCACAAGGGAGACCUACACAAUACUAGGCAGGGGAUUAUAAUGUUAUGGUUGAUUGGUGUAUGCUAAUAGUUUAGGAUCAUUGAUGAAGAUUUCAAAAACAAAGAAAGAAAGCAGACUCAACAGACGUGCCAUUAUUGUCAACAGAAAACAUCUGAUAUUUGGGAUUGUCAGCUAUCUAAUAUAACAUAUAGAAUAGAACUCGGAUCAGAACUUGUGUCCCAAUGUCCAACAGACAGAGGUUUUAAUGUGUGAAUUUAUUAACAAUGUGCUAAUUUGACCACACAAACUUCGGCGAAUUGAACCCAUGUUUGCUUCAAAUGGUUACGCAUUCACGCGCCAAUUAUCACGUGGCCACAUCAGACCACCUCUGCAAGUAAUCCAAGUAGUGAUCAGAUCUUUGAUCUUUGAGCCCCUUUUCAAGAUAGACGUUCAUACAGAGUCUGAAGAUCCUGUGGAGUAAGGUGGGCGAAACCAAAUACAUCCACUUGACAUGACCGGUAUCUUUUCCGAGGAACGUUUGCCGUCCGUCUUACCUCAAAUUCAUCAGGAUUCAUUUAUAUCUGCUUUGACCAUUAGCUGGUAGAUCUUCGGCCUGAAAAGAAGAAAAAGCAAAACAAUGCCCAUUUUUACAUAAUGAUGUAAUUUCCACGCUCAAGCUAUGAGUGGCUGAAGCGAGUUGCCAUUGUGUUCUCGUGAGCUUCAGGAUGUCCUGUCUGGGGGGAGGGAAGGGUGGUUGGGGUGGUUAUUGGAAAGAGGACGUGACCAUCAGCCAUAGCUUUGCAAAUGAAGGUAGAGAACGCUCAACGGGCGACUUGGAUACGCACAAACAUCAUCUUCUAAUGAUCUUAUGAACACGUCCAUGUAAAACUGGAAGCUUAUUACAAUCGAGUACCGGGUACCGGGCAGGCUGGUCUUGACUUCUUGGUCUUGUGGAGGAGAUAAAUCAUCGACAAACUUGAGGAAACAUCUACAGCUCGAUCUAGGACUCCUAUUUGGAUCAUAAAGAACCUUGGUUCCACCUAGCAGGCAUUUUUGAACUGGAUCUGGAUGGGAAGUGUCUCAGUGGGUGUGAACUUCAAGGAAGUGAAUGAGGACAACAAGCGGGAGGUGUUCGGAGAGAUCUACUCGUCCAUAGACACGCUGGCCUUCACCUUCGGCAAUGUAGUGUCUGACUUCCUUAUGGGCGAUGUAGAGAACGGAUCAUCUUUGCGGCUCACCCAGACCCGCAGGAGCAGGUCUUCAGAGGACCUGUCAGUAGAGCUGGGUGGAGACGGUUCAGAGAAAAAUGACCCUCCAGGCCCCGCGUCCCCCGUGCAGGUGUUGGAGCUGGACGAUGUUCUGCAGCGCAGCGAGAGCGGUGUCGAGUCGGCCCUCCUCUACGCCAAAGCCUGGUCCAAAUACACCAAGGAGCUGCUCAACUGGGUGGACAAGCGCCUCAGUAUGGAUGUGGAGUGCGCCAAAAGCCUCGCCAAGAUGGCUGAAUCAGCCAAGACGCUCGCCAGCCAGCAGGAACACAUGCCAUUCCGUGAUAUUUACAUGUCUGCCUUCAAGAACGAUAUCGACUACAGCCAAGUGUUGCUCCACACAGCCUCCGCUCUACAGGCUAAUAAAUUCACGCAGCCCCUGUUGGCGCGGAAGAACGAGCUGGAUAAACUGAGGAAGGAUAUGAAGGAGCAGUGGCAGAGGGAGCAGAAGAAAAUGCACGAGGCUGAAAGCGCUCUGAAGAAAGCUCGGUUGUUGAAGGAUCAGAGACAGGAGGAGUACGAGCGAGCGCGCAGCUCCACCAGCCGAGCCGAGGAGGAGCAGCUCGGAGCAGGGGGCAAGCAGCUGGAGAAGAGACGCAGACUGGAAGAUGAAGCUCUGCAGAAAGCUGAAGAGGCCAGAGAGCACUACAGACACUGCAUCACUGAUGUGAGUGUGAAGAAGCUCGACCUGGCCAACGCCAAGAGCGACAUCCUCGCCCAGAUCCGCGCUCUCGUCUUUCAGUGUGACCUGACCCUUAAAGCGGUGACAGUGAACUGGUUCCAGAUGCAGCAGGCGCAGGCCGUCUCUCUGCCAGUGAAUAACCAGACCCUGUGUGAGAGUGCGAAGCUGUACGAGCCCGGUCAGCGCUACACCGAGUUCGUGAAGAGCCUGACUCCGGACAGGAGCCGAGUCGAAUCGUUCUCUUACGACGUCGCUGGCACUCGGAGCGCGGGGUCUCCUCUCACUAAGAGGUCGAUUAGCACCAGUCUGUCGUCUCAGGUGUCCAUCGCCUCCGCAGACUGUCUGAGCUUGGACGAGGUGGACGCUCCGGCUCCGAACCGCACGGGCAAAAUCGCAGAGAGACGCUCGCACAGCAGCACCGACAUCCAGGCUCUCCGGAUCCAGGUUCCAUUCAAACCCUGGACUACGUCGGGUCAGGGAGGGGGCAUGUGCAGCGACUCAGAGAGUGCCGGGGGCAGCAGUGAGUCUCGCUCAAUGGACUCACCUACUGCUAGUCCAGGGGAUUUUAAAAGGAGGCUUCCCAGAACUCCAUCCACUGGGACGAUGUCUUCAGCGGACGACCUGGACGAGAGAGAGCCGCCUUCGCCUUCUGAUAACGGUUUGAGCGAGAUGGUGACGGAGACGGCGAGUUCUCCCGGACCUUUCCGGAACACGCAGAUGUCGAAGGCGGCGCAGACCCACAAGCUGCGAAAGCUGCGUGCUCCGUCUAAGUGCAGGGAAUGCGACAGCCUGGUGGUGUUUCACGGUGCCGAGUGUGAGGAGUGCUCUCUGGCCUGCCAUAAGAAGUGUUUAGAGACGUUGGCCAUCCAGUGUGGUCAUAAGAAGCUGCAGGGGAAGCUGCACUUGUUCGCUGUGGACUUCGCCCAGGCAGCGAGAAACAGCCCUGACGGAAUCCCCUUCAUCAUCAAGAAGUGCACUUCGGAGAUUGAGAACAGGGCCCUGGGUAUUAAGGGAAUCUACAGGGUGAACGGCGCCAAGUCGCGUGUGGAGAAGCUGUGCCAGGCCUUUGAGAAUGGGAAAGAUUUGGUGGAGCUGUCAGAUCUGUAUCCUCACGACAUCAGCAACGUGCUCAAACUCUACCUGCGACAGCUUCCCGAGCCUCUCGUCCUCUUCCGCUACUAUAACGACUUCAUCGGCCUGGCAAAGGAGAGUCAGAGCAUCAUCAUGGAGGAGGUGGAGGCAUCUCGCAGCGGCUCCGCCUCCGACGCUCCCCAGAUCAGCGUCGAGCUCAAACGCGUCCUCUUCAAAAUGAAAGACCUGCUGAGGCAGCUGCCUGCUGCGCAUCACAAAACCCUGCAGUUCCUCAUGCAGCACCUGCACAGAGUAACCGAGAAAGCAGAGGAGAACAAAAUGACCGCCAGUAACCUCGGCAUCAUCUUCGGCCCAACGCUGAUCAAGCCGCGGCAGACGGACGCCGAGGUGUCGCUCUCGUCACUGGUGGAUUAUCCGUACCAGGCGCUGAUCGUCGAGCUGCUCGUCAGGCAUUACGAGCUAAUCUUCGAUUCUCCGCUCAGCCCCAUGGAUGAGAGCUCACCUCUGCCCGUCAAAUCCCGCUUCCCCCCUCAGGAGAAGGAACAGCGCCUGAACCGUCACUCCAGAUCCCUGAUGGACAUUAAAGAGCAGCAUCACAGUGCUAAGGCCUAUAAAAGGCACUCGUCUGUGAUUCCCUCUACACACCUGCUGGAGGAAGUGAAAGAGGUGAAAGCAAUGUCUGAUGAGACGGAUUUUGCUCCGGCCGAGACGGUGAACAUGAACGGUGUGCUGUCCUCGAGCGCCCCUGAAGUGCGGAACUCACCCCGACUGAUCCGGCAGAACCACGUCAGCCGAGUGCAGCUCCGGCCACGCCCCAAACCGAGUUCACGCCCCGUGAGCAUGCCUCCUGAGCGGCUCCUGAAUGCCCGCAACUCCGCCUCUGACCCCGCGGUGGUGAAAGGUCACGACCCUGCCAUCGAAGAGGUUUCUGAAGAGGAGAAGCCCAAAGGCAGAGCCGCUAACCAUUACAGGAGCACGUAUAUAGACACGCAUACGCUGCGCAGGAGGUGGGAUAAACAAUACAAACACUACGGCAUCACUCCUCGUACGGCCAUGAUCGUGGCCAAACUUCCUGGAGAGGCGGAAAUAAGUCGCGUUACGCUUCCGACCGCCUCCACUCCGCUGUGUAACAGCACUAGCAGUAGCACUAGCACUAGCAAGACAGACGUGGUCGACUUUAGCCGUGUCCAAAAUGCGUUUAGACCCCCUCGCACCCUUCAGCCUCCACCGGGGACGUUCUACAAACCGCCAGGGAACCGGGACAAAACGUUAGCCCUAGAUCGAGCGGUAACGCAAGAGCAGACAUUAUCAGAAAAAACAUUCGAGGACAACAGUGCUACGACGAAAGCGGACGUGACGAACACUAACAGCAUCGAGGAUGAGGACGAGGACGACGAGGACGAUGAGGUGGAGGAAGGAGUAGACGAGGAAGAGUUCAGCCUGGAGGUCUCCGUGGACGAAGAUCCUGCUCAAGACCCUCAGCUCAGCCAAAUCCAGACCAAACCAGUUUACCCCAGACUGCGAGCGAGACACAUGCAGGACUUUGAGAACCGGGAAGCCCAUUUUGUAUGAGAACUGUAUACAUACAUACUGUAUAAAGACAUUUUAUGAACUCAUGCCUCGAGGACACAUUUUUUAUGCAUAUAAAUAUAAGCUUUAUAUAUAUUAAUAUAUUACUCCUUAUGUUUGGAGACGGCAGCUUGUGAUGAUGGAACAAGCUCAGGAGCCAGUAUUAAUACAGGAUGCACUUAGCUUUCUUUCUUACUCCACUUCAAUUUUCCCUCAAAAUUUUGUAAAGAAGAACAAAGAAAACGAUCUGCACGGGACGUUUUAAGGAGAUCUGCGAUCGCAAACAUAUCCCUGCAUCCGAUAUCACCGGUCUUAAAGACACCGCUAGCAGGACUCCAACUUCAUUGUGCAAUUACACCUUUUUUUUUAAUCAUUCGCAUUGUACCGAACGUUUAAUAUAUGCAUGUUACAGUGUAUUAUGUAUCUUUUACACCAAAAACUAUUUCAUCAAUGCUUUUUUGCAAGUC